UAUUUUAUUUGCAGCGGCGGAAGAAAAAUAUCGAAAAAGCCAAAGCCUUUUAUACAUUUAUUUUCCCUAGUGGGCAUUUAACGUACUCGGUGUUUUAAUUUUAUUUUCCACGCUGGCGCAGCGAAGUGGUAAACAGGGGAUUAUUUUAUAGGUCGGAGGUGCACUUCCAAGCCGGAGAGCGCGGAGCGGGCUCGGUCGGUUGUGUUCCUCCGCCAGCGCAAGACGGUUCAAACGACUGGGACAGCCGGCGCCAUUUUGAAGAAGGCAGGGAGCGGAGUGAGUGCGUGGAGACCGAGGCGCACGCUAGAAGAUAAACGGGGCAUCAAGUUUGCAGCACGUGAGCCGUGAGCGGGCAGGCUGCUAGCCGUUUGUCAUUUUUUUUUGUUUUAAGUCGCGGUAGUAGCGGUUGAGCGGUUUCCUCGCACGAUGUCUGGCGGUGGUGUGAUUCGGGGCCCUGCUGGGAAUAACGAUUGUCGGAUCUACGUGGGGAACCUGCCCCCAGAUAUCCGCACCAAGGACAUCGAGGACGUUUUUUACAAGUACGGGGCCAUCCGGGAUAUCGACCUGAAAAACCGGCGCGGAGGACCGCCGUUCGCCUUCGUGGAGUUUGAGGAUCCCAGGGAUGCUGAGGACGCAGUAUACGGACGGGAUGGCUAUGACUAUGAUGGAUACCGCCUUCGAGUUGAGUUCCCCAGAAGUGGGAGGGGCACAGGUAGAGGGGGCGGAGGUGGGGGGAUUGGAGCCCCCAGAGGCCGAUAUGGCCCCCCCUCUAGGCGAUCGGAGUACAGAGUCAUAGUUUCAGGUCUUCCUCCAAGCGGCAGCUGGCAGGAUCUAAAGGAUCACAUGCGUGAAGCAGGUGAUGUAUGUUAUGCUGACGUUUUCCGAGAUGGAACUGGUGUUGUGGAGUUUGUUCGCAAAGAAGAUAUGACCUACGCUGUACGAAAACUGGAUAACACUAAAUUCAGAUCACACGAGGGAGAGACCGCGUACAUCCGUGUGAAAGUCGACGGCCCCCGGAGCCCCAGCUACGGACGCUCCCGCUCCCGGAGCCGCAGCCGCAGCCGGAGCCGCAGCAACAGCCGCAGCCGCAGCCGCAGCUACUCGCCGCGGCGCAGCCGAGGAUCACCGCGCUACUCGCCGCGCCACAGCCGCUCCCGCUCCCGCACCUAGGCCCGCCCGCGCCCCGCGCGCCCCCGCUCUCGGGGUCCUUCGUUGUCGUACAGAAUUUUCUUUCCCUGUUUUAUUAAAGUUUGCUACGGUUUUUGGAUAUUAAAUUGGUUUUGCUGGUGACCUAGUUCUUCAUAAAAGAAAAACUGGUCUGUGGACAUGUCCCCGUCCUGUCCUUCCCAGUCCUCCCACUCCGCAGUCGACAUUUUCCCUGUGUGCCCUGCCUGAAGUGUAUUUUAAACACUGUAUAGCCUGUUUUUUUUUUUUACAAAUUGAAAGUCUGGGGUCUUGGAGCCGAAAACAAAAUUGGUAUUGCUUUGUCUUCCACCAUUUUGUCAAAGGUGGGGUUUACUGCUUGCUUGUUUGGGCGGGGGGUGGGGGUGGGAGGGCUUAACCUGCUUUUGUGGAACAGCGGGAGUCAUUGUAAAAAAUUUUUUACCUUUUCAUGUGUCUUUCUAUAGACAUCUGAAGCGAAGGAUUAAAGAAUGCUUUGGAAUAAAGGAUUGUGAAGCACAAUUCAUUCAUAGUAGGAUAAUCAAAGCGUGUCUAAUUGGAGGAGGAGGAGCAGUCAGAUCAAUAAUGGAGGCAAUGGUAUGACACCAAGUGCUUCAGUCACUUUUAAGAACUUGGCAGUAUUGAGUUUGAAUAGACAGCACCAUGGUACUUGGUUUUUAGUCGCAGAAUGCCAUGACUGACACUUCAACCUUUUUUAAAACUUUAGUUGUGCUUUGCCAUUUUAUUUGACAUUUAUUCUCCACCCCUCCCCCUUCUGUCAUUGAUCAAUACUGCUAAGCUUGCAUGUCCUCGUCUGACUGAAUGUAGUAAUGCUUGUGCGCCGUCUCGUGCAGGGGUGUUUUUCCUUUUACCAGGUUCACAUUUUUACGUGUUCUGUGCAGGAGUUAUGUAUCUUGAUUUAAAGACCCUAGCAUGGCAUUGGACAGUAAAUGUAACUUACCAAAAUUGCAGUUUCCGUAACUUUUUUGUAAUACAUUAACAUAGUGCCUGUGUAGCGUCUUAAUUCCCUCAGCAAGCUGUAGUUUUGGUUAAAAAUCUGUAAGUGUAGAUAUUUGAAGCAUUGACCCCCUCAGUAUGUUAAAAAUACUUGCUUAUACUGUGCUGCACCAUUGACUUGCCUUGGGAGCUGAUCAUUGUCUGGCAUCCUCCAUUUGUUUUGUAUAUAUUAAUUUUUAACUAAUAACCAGCCAUAUGAUCUCCUCCUAGUUGCAUCAUUUUUAAGGAAAAAAAAUAGCUGUUUGAUUACAGUCCUGAUUCUAACUUGUUGCCUCCUUUUUUUUGGUUUGCCGGUAUUUAAAGGUUUGGAUUGGAGGCGGGGCUCACUGGAUCCCAAUCCUUGGAGCCGGAUCAUUGGAUCAAUUCAUAAUCAGAAUAGGAUAGGGAAGGAUGGAUUCAUGGAGCGGGAUCAUUUUACCGGGAACUGUAGGAGUGGAUUCCCCCCACCAAACCACAUAAUCGCGGAAUUCAAAAUCAUCUUUUUAAUUGGCUAUUCAAAACCAAAAUCUCAAUUUAUCUUUUUUCUUUUAAUUUUUGGAGUCCCAAAGGCACACGGUCAUGGGAUUUGGCUUUUUUAUUUUUGUAUAAGAGGAGCAAAGCGAGGACCAGGAGGCUGGAUCAAUCUCCUUGGAUGGAAUACGCAUGAGGAGUUUGGUAAAUAGAUGGGAAUAAAGUGGGAGGGAUGGGGGUUGGUGGCUUAGGUUUAAAGUUCCUUUUGGGAUGGUUAUUGCCCUGAUAAAAACUGGCGAGAUCAGGCCUUUAAUUGGAUUACUUCAAAGUCAUUUUGUUUAGUUUGUAGUUUUUUUUUCUUCACAAUAAAAAUCUAAAACUA